GCCUGCGCAGUCGGACAGCUGUCAGCGCGACGGGAUUCCUGCCUCUCUGCCUCUCGGGGUCUGGGGCGAAGUGGACGUGCGCGAAGGGGACGGGGCGCUUUGCACGGUGUGGCCUCGCGGAAAGCUCGGUCUCGCGGCGGUCCUCCUCGCGCUGCAUACAGGGAAACAGGACAGGAGAACGGAGACAGGAGGAGAAGGGAAGGGAAGACAUUGUGAAGGAAAGAAGGACAGACCGCAGCGAGGAGGCAGGACGGCGGAGACGGAAAGAGAGAAAAUAAAAACAUAAUUAUAGAGAGAGUGAGAGAAGGUGGAAGUGAAGGGGUGCAGAGAGAGUGGAAUAGACACACACUGGUAGAGGGAAGGCGUGCGCACGAGCAGUCAUGGCAGAUGCAGACUUGGACUUUCAAACGGGCGACGCCGGGGCGUCUGCCACCUUUCCCAUGCAGUGCUCCGCCCUGCGCAAGAACGGAUUCGUCGUGCUGAAGGGACGACCCUGCAAGAUUGUGGAGAUGUCCACCUCCAAGACCGGCAAGCACGGCCAUGCCAAGGUCCACUUGGUUGGAAUAGAUAUCUUCUCUGGGAAGAAGUAUGAGGACAUCUGUCCCUCCACACACAACAUGGAUGUCCCCAACAUCAAGAGGAUGGACUACCAGCUCAUUGGGAUCCAGGAUGGGUACCUGUCCCUGCUCCAGGACAGUGGUGAGGUGAGAGAGGACCUCAAGAUGCCAGAAGGUGACUUGGGCAAGGAGAUCGAGAGCAAGUUUGAGGCUGGAGAGGAGAUCUUGAUCACUGUCCUGUCUGCUAUGAACGAGGAAUGUGCAGUAGCUAUCAAAGCCAUGGCUAAGUAAAGUGGCACAGGUGUUGGUGAGAUGUUCUGGACCCAGUUAAAGGACAGAAUAAGACCUCAGCAUUGCAAUCCUCUGGCUCUUCUUCCUUUUCUCGUAAUCUCAUUCUCCUUCUCUCGCUCUCUCUCGCACUCCCUUUACCUUCUUCCUUUUUCUCCUAGAAAAAUUAGGAAAUGAAUAUGAAACGAAAUUGGACAGUGUAAACGGAAAAUAUGUACGAAACAUCUGCAAAUGUAUAUAACGGAACAGAGGUGGAUAUUGUCAUAGCUUGCCACAUGGCAGUCAUAAUCAGCCCUUCUCGGCUGUUUGUUUUCCCUUAUGACAACAGAGUGACUUUUCUGUACUGAUUUUAAGGGCUUUUGUAUCUAACAUCAUCCUGUUUUCAUCAAGUCUCUUAAGUGUGUUACUAAAAGUUGUCCCCCCCCCCCCCCCUCACUUUUAGUUCUGUGUCCAGCCCACUUGUGAUCUAUUGUGAUCUAGGCCUUGCCAGUAUGAAAGAAAAGUUUUAAGUGGGGUAAUAAAGGGGUAAUUUGUCCCACUAGCAGUUCUUACAGUGAAAAGCUGAAGCUCCACUAUACAUUGUUAAUGUCAAACACCGGUUUUUCUCCUCUUUUGGUUCUGUUUAAAAACACAUUUCUAGAUUUUUUGUAUAACUACUAGAUGCAAAGCAUACAAACAGAUUGUCAAAUAUCGGAAAAUAGCAUUUUAUUUUAUUUUUUUAAUCUUUCACUCCAGCUAUGAAGCAUUAUUUAUCAAGACUGUGUGUUAAAUAAUGCCAGAAACUGUCAAUAGAAGUUGUUCCCCUCACAUACACCAUCUAGAACCCCUCCAACAGCAGCUUGGGACAGGAGUGGUGACAGAUUCACCAGGUAUUGCUAUGUUACUCACUAAUUAUGUAAAAGGUGGAAAUGGAAAAAUACUUAGUUCUAGCAUUGCAGGAAAGUUUGCUAUUUGUUUUUAAUUUCCUUAUGUAACUUCAAAGGUUCUCAUUGACCUUCAGGCUGCCGUGCAAAUAUAAUUUUAACACAGUGAAACUUCACCGUCGGCAGUCUUGCUUCACAGAAACUGUAGCAGUUACACGGGAACCAUAGUGAAACUAAAACAUGUGAUUUUACAUACCUUCCUGUCCCUCCGAUUACUGCUGUAAAAGUAGGAAAAGGGCUGGGUUUGGAAUUAGCCGCUCGUUGCGCAUUGAUGUCUUGCUAUCAUGUGAUGUUGCCGCAGGGGUGGGAAUGGCGUGACAACGUGCACAUUUUGUGUAGAGUGCAGAUCUGAUGCAGCACAAGAGCUGCACAGGAUAUUAAAGAUAUCCUGUGGGAAAAAGUUAUUUACCCUGCAGAUUUUUCUGAGACACAUCAGUUAGUUUUUAUUGAAGUGGCUGAGAUUUUACUGAUAUUGUAGAUAAUCCACAGAUAUAGAUUUUGAGUUUUCUGAUCCCCCAAACAUUCCCCAUAAAUUAAUUUUAAAACAUUAAAAAAAAAAAAAAACAUUUUGAGAUGUCAACCUCUGGGUCAUCUAAAUUAUUUAUUACAUAUUUAUGUUCAUAUUUAUUUAUUAGACAGGAAUGCAGGUGGUUUACACAAUUGGGGGCUGCACUACAGCAGGCCUUCUCCGUCACAGAACUCCCUCUGCUGACAUUUGAUUAGCUUCAUUAUUAAAAUGCCUUUAGUGUUGCCCCCCCAAACCCAAAUUUAACUUGGGGCAUCAAAUGCAUCAACAAACACAUUUGAAACAGGCGCUGAAACAACACAGCAGACAAAAGCGGAGUGGGAGGGAGACUACUAGAGCUGCAGCAGCCUGCUGUUUCAACAGCCACCCCCUGCUCUGAGUGUUUGCGCCACCUGUAGAAGUUUUCCACUCAUCUUUUAGUACUUUCAGUAUCUAUUGUAGAAAACUGAAUGGGUAGGAUUUUUUUUUUUUUUUUUAAGUGGCUGUUGCUCAUGUCAUCUUGGAAAUAAACAGGAAAAAAAUUGGGGAGAGAAAAGCUUCCAUAAUCCAUCCCUUCAGUGUUUUUGUUUUUCACUGUGGAAUCAAAUGUUAAACCUUUUUCUGUUCUGUUAAAUUCUGCUGUUUCAGAAAGGUACAGGCACUUACUCUGUAACUUACUCAAUAAAAAGAGAAAAUGGAA